AUAAGAUCGCUGUCAUCGCGAGAUGAUGGUGAACGAAGUGAACUACACUAUACCCCAUUGUCACGGUCCGUUACCGGAGAAGAUAUAAAUGGUCUGAAUCGGAUUCCGUACAGUGCAGACGAAUUGCAAGCCGGGACAGCGAUGCUGAGAAGAAUUGUUCAAGAUUUGAAGCAACAGAAAGGAGUAACUUUCAUUCUGCCGCUGAACAAUGAAGACGCUAUGCAGUUGAUCAUUGAGCCGUUUCGAAAAUUGAUCGAAGAAGGUCACUGA